UUGACACGUACUCCUCCCACACGUCAACCUCUGCUCCUCCAGCAAGUUCCGCCUUCGAGUUCUAUAAAUCAGCACUUUUCCACCUUUACCGUCACAACCAAGCACUCACACUUUCACAGUAAGGCGAUACACAGCUCAAUGGCUCCAAAGCGGGCUGAGAGAAUCGUGGUCAAAUCCGCCAGAAGAGUUGUGGAAGAAAGCACGGUUCAAGUCUCCGUUGUUAGCAGCACCAAAAGAUCAACGAGAGCAAACAAAGACGCCGAAUCAGAAGAAGCAAACAAAGACCGUGUGAGAACCAUUCCUGUUCAAACCCCACCUGAUGAAAAUGCAAGUGACACUAGGGAAGACCCUGAACAGAAAAGAGAGCGAGAAAAAACCCAAAAUAUUGCUGAAAAGCCAAUAAAAGAAGGAAGUGAAGGGAAAGGUAGUGGAAACAAAGGAGUGAAAAGGAAGAGAAAGAAGGUGGGGAGAAGUGGAGAAGGGUACAGGAGGUACGUGUACAGAGUACUGAAGCAAGUUCACCCUGAGAUGGGAAUUUCAUUUCAGGCCAUGACCAUUCUGAACAAUCUGAUGACUGAUAUGUUUGAGAGGCUUGCGGAUGAAGCUACGAGGCUGAAGACGUACACGGGACACAUGACAUUGUCGUCAAGGGAGAUUCAAGGGGCAGUGAAGCUGGUUCUGCCCGGAGAGCUUGGCAGGCAUGCCAUUGCUGAGGGUGCCAAAGCUGUCACCAAUUAUAUGUCCAGCGAUGCUGCUCGUGACUAGUUUAAUUAGGCCUCAAGUCUUUCAACUACUUUCAUGUUGUUUUAAGUCAGCUGUUGGGAGUGGAUAUCCGUGUAGAUUUUUUUUUUUUUUUUUUACGUUGUUUCUUGGUAGUAGAUCAUAUGAAUAUAGUUGAAUUUUAAGUUUCGCAAUAGUUUGCUCUCCCCAACUUUCUCCACUUGGAAAAUAGGAUUGACUUGAGGGUCUGAGACUGAUAUCCUCUGUAACCAAUUUCAGUUUGACAGAAUUUGCGUAGAUGUGGGAAGGGCAAUGUAGGAAAUGUACG